UUUGAUUUCCAUUCUUUUUCUGGGCCUUCUUAGUAUGGCCUAAAAAUUAAAAGCAAAUCACGCUUAAUUAUCCAAUAUAAGGACCGACACAAAAUAGAAGCACAAAUUAGAUGGAAAGAAAGAGGGUUGUGACGAUCCUGGGAUAACAAUUUUCUCGCUGCAUUUCAAAAGGCAUGGUUUUAUGAACAGUAUCGAUGAUGGUGCUGCUUGAUGUCUGAUAUUUUAGCGAUUACAAACGGCAUUAGUAUAAGCAAACACACAAAGAAAACGAAAAAAAAAGAAAGAAAUCGAAUCGGAGGCUGUUUCGUGUUGCUUUCGAUUGGAUCAAGACCUGAAAAGACUAAGCUAUUUAUAAUUUUGACAUUCCAAUGGUAGAAUUAUAGAUGAUAAAUGGCUUAAACAUUUGGGAUACUCUCCUUUUCUGUUGAUCUUUUAUUCCAUUUCUCUUUUCAUUUACUUUUUGCAGAGUGAGUAUGUUUAUAAAAACUAUAAGUCUUGGAGAAAGAGUUUUAGUUUUCAUUCUCAUAGUUUUGGACCCUCCUAUAUUGAAUUUUUGAGUGAUGGGUAGUCUUUGUACAAUUUUUCAGAUAUUAUAAAUUUCCGUCCUUUAAUCUCGAAUGAUGUCAUUUUAGCUUCAACUCGUGUUUUCUUUAACUCUGAUAACAGAUUUCGAUUAGUAAUUUGGGCUACACAUCAUGAAAUUCAAAAACGGGAGUAAGCUGAAAAUAUUGAGCAAAAAGAAGGUGCCUUUAGGACCACAAUGUUCUAUGGAAGCGAUAAGAAGCAACGGCGCCAACUAUAUAGUUAGACAUGUUAAGUCCAAGGGUGGCAGCAACCAUGCUAUGGUGGAGCAGGUGUCUCAAAAGGUCAUCGUACCCUGCCACACUCGUUUAGAUGUUAAAGGGGCUUGGGCUCCUGGUGAUGUUGUAGAGGUGUUUGAUAACAACUCAUGGAAAAUUGCCACAAUCUCAGAGGUUUUGGGAAAAAUGCACAUUCUUGUCAGAUUACUUGGAUCCUCUCAGGAGUUUAAAGUCAGAAAAACCAAUAUCCGGGUUCGACAGGCAUGGGAAGAUGAUGAUGGUGCAAGGGUUAUGGUUGGAAAGGGAAACCAAAAUUCUAAUGGAGGGAAGCUCCAUGCCAAUCAACUUUUGAACCACAAUCAAAAUUCAACCUCUCAAGUUCAGAAGACAAACUCAAGGACCACUCUGUGGAAAAAAGAUGACGGUUUUGCUGUUAGGAACAAAAGAAUUCAAGAUGGCUACAAUGUUGGAAUUCUGAAGAGAUCAACAGAUUGCUCGUCUGGAGCAUUUUAUGGAGCGAGCCAUAAAGUUAGAUUGAUUGAGAAAGACGGGCGAUAUGUUAAGGUGGUUGCUGCAAAUCCAACGAAGUUACCUGAAUUGCAGGUAGGUCCUGUUUCAUAUCUUAGAGAUUAUCUGGGUGAAAGACAUAGGCCUGAAUCUCUGAAUCGCAGACAUGGUGGGCAUUUGAAACUGGAUGUCAAGGGUAAAGAACCAGUUAGUCCGGUUCGAGAACUAAACGAUGGAGAUAGCAUUAUGUGCUCUGUUGGUAGUUGCAGCAUCAGUAGUGACAACUCAAGUGAGAUGCCUUGUGAUGUGUCCACUGCUGUGACUGAACAAAUUGCUUGUCACUUCCCUGAUGAUCGAUCACCUCAUCAUUCGGGAUAUGAAGGCCACUGCCUUCCUACCAAAGAAGAAUUGUCUGCUGAAAUUCAUAGGGUGGUUAAGAUCAAGACUGGCGUUGUCUUCUUCUCGAUGCCAAGCGAUGGCGAAUGCCGGGGAGGUUAUACUUUAAACCUUUCUGCGGUGCUGUAUAUCCAACUUGGUACUCGAAUUCAACUGCAUAGCCACCACACCACAGACAACAAAUAUUUGGCUUCACAUGUUAAACUUGCAUCUAAACCAGAGGCCUUAGCUUUUUAAGAGGUUCGCCAUACU